AUGCGCGCGGGCGUCGCGUCGACGCGUUCGGCGAGAACGACGACGGGACGGGCGUUCGAGCGCGCGCGCGACGCCGGGGGGCGACCGCGCGCUCGGGUGGUGCGUCGAGCGAGAAUCUCCACGAAGGAUCCGUGGUGGGAAAAGGGUGGCGAAGAGAACAUGGUGGAGUGCGUCGAUACGGGGGCGUUCUUGAAUCUGUUGAACGUACACAGCGAUAAGUUGAUCGUCGUCGACGUCUACGCGCGAUGGUGCGGGGCGUGUCGGGCGCUGUAUCCCAAGCUGUGCAAACUCGCGAGGGAGUACCCGGAGGUGGUCUUCGUCAAGGUAAACUUUGACGAUAACAAGCUCUUGUGUAAAUCUCUCGGGGUGAAGGUGCUGCCGUACUUUAAGUUUUAUCGUGGUAGCGAUGGGUGCGUCGCCGCGUUCUCGGCGUCGAUCGCGAAGAUCAAGCUCUUGCGCGCGGCGCUCGACGAGCACUCGUCCGAGCGUUGCUCGCUCAUCGAGGGCAAGGUGGAGUACAACGACCUGGACGAUCUCGCCGAGCUCGAGGCGAUGUCCCCCGAGGAACGCGCCGCGGCCGAACCGAGCUCGGUGUCGAGCUAA